CGAUACUCGGAUGAUCUUCAUCUUGCAUUGAGUUGCAACCUUUUAACAUUCCUCUUUUGUCAUCUCACUUCUGCAUGAAUUGACAGUCCACAAUGUCUGCAAAGGCUAUAUAUGAAGUCAAAGGAAAGGAACUGCUGAACAAAUAUUUGACAGAUGAAGCUGUGAAAAAUAGAUAUGCUGUUGUCACGGAAACUGUAAACUGGGACACAUUGACCACAAACAACCCCUGGCUCCUCACUGAGAAAUUAGUGGUUAAACCAGAUCAGCUGAUCAAGCGACGUGGAAAACUAGGUCUGAUUAAGGCAGGGGUGGAUCUAGAAGGUGUGAAGGAAUGGCUGAAGAACAAACUGGGCAAAGAGUUUGAGAUUGGUGCAGCUAAAGGAAAACUCAAACACUUUGUGAUUGAACCAUUUGUGAAACAUGAACAGAGUGAGGAAUUUUACCUGUGUAUAUAUUCCUCCAGACAUUGUGAUACGAUACUGUUUCAUCAUGAAGGGGGGAUAGACAUUGGUGAUGUAGAUUCAAAGGCAGUAAAACUAGAGAUUCCUGUCCUGGGGGAACUCUCAGACUCUGAUAUAAAAUCCAAACUGUUGUCAAAAGCUCCUACAGUGGCCCAAGAACCCUUGACAAAGUUUAUCAAGGCCCUCUUCACUGAGUACAGAAACUUAUAUUUUACCUACUUAGAAAUUAACCCAUUAGUAUUCACUGGAGGAAGAAUCUACAUUCUUGACCUGGCAGCUAAGAUUGACCAGUGUGCUGAAUACCUCUGUAAAUCUUUGUGGGGAGAUCUGGAAUUUCCUCCACCUUUUGGCAGGGAUGCUCUCCCUGAAGAAGCAUACAUUGCUGAACUAGAUGCUAAGAGUGGAGCAUCUUUAAAACUGACUGUUCUGAACAAAUCUGGUCGAAUCUGGACCAUGGUUGCAGGAGGUGGAGCUUCUGUCAUAUAUGCUGACACAAUUUGUGAUUUGGGAGGAGCAAAGGAGUUAGCCAAUUAUGGUGAGUACUCCGGAGCACCGAGUGAGCAGCAGACUUACGAGUAUGCCAAGACCAUCCUGUCUCUUAUGACAUCAGAGAUCCACCCUGACGGCAAAAUCCUCAUCAUUGGAGGGGGCAUAGCUAACUUCACAAACGUAGCUGCCACAUUUAAGGGCAUUGUUAGAGCUCUAAGAGAAUACCAACAGAAGCUGAUAGAAGGCAAUGUUAGUGUGUAUGUCAGGAGAGCAGGACCAAACUAUCAAGAGGGACUCAGGAUCAUGAGAGAACUGGGAAAUACCUUGGGCAUUCCCAUCCAUGUAUUUGGUCCAGAAACCCAUAUGACAGCCAUUGUCAGCAUGGCUCUGGGGAAGAGAGAAAUUCCAUUAACACCACGUCCCAUGAACACAACAGCCAACUUCCUGUUGCCAACAGGAGGGGCUCCCUCAUUUUACUGUCAGCAGGGGAUGUCUUUGGGGGCCUCUCCGUCAACUAGCAGAAGAGGAUCAGUAAAUGAACCAGCAUCAAAAUCUGAGGUCAAGGUCACAGUCCAAGAUGAAGGUCAAAAGGUCACAUCAAAGUCUGAAAAGACACAGCCCUUAUUUACAGAGAAGACUCAGUGCAUCGUCUGGGGAAUGCAGCAGAGAGCAGUACAGGGGAUGCUGGAUUUUGAUUAUGUCUGCUCCAGACGAGACCCUUCUGUGGUGGCCAUGAUAUAUCCAUUUACGGGAGACCACAAACAGAAGUUUUACUGGGGACAUAAAGAAAUCCUUGUUCCAGUGUACAAGAACAUGGCUGAUGCAAUGAAGAAGCACCCACAGGCAGACGUCCUCAUCAGCUUUGCUUCACUAAGGUCGGCUUUUGAGAGCACCAUGGAAACUAUGAGAUACCCACAGAUUCAUACUAUUGCCAUCAUUGCUGAGGGUAUUCCAGAAAACCUAACAAGACAGAUCAUUAAAGAGGCUGACGAGAAAGGAGUUUUCAUUAUAGGACCUGCAACAGUAGGUGGUGUGAAACCUGGAUGUUUUAAAAUUGGUAACACUGGAGGAAUGUUGGACAAUAUCUUAGCAUCUAAGCUCUUCAGACCUGGGAGUGUUGCAUAUGUAUCUAGAUCAGGAGGCAUGUCCAAUGAAUUAAACAACAUCAUCUCCCUUAAUGCAAAUGGUGUAUAUGAGGGGAUUGCAAUUGGAGGUGACAGAUACCCAGGCACGACUUUCAUGGACCAUAUAUUAAGAUACCAAGAUGACCCAAAAGUCAAAAUGAUUGUAUUACUAGGAGAGGUGGGCGGUACUGAGGAAUAUCACAUCGUGAGCGCUAUGAAGAGUGGACGUAUAAACAAACCUCUGGUCGCCUGGUGUAUAGGAACAUGUGCCAAAAUGUUCACAUCUGAUGUGCAGUUUGGCCAUGCAGGUGCUUGUGCUAAUGCAGAAGCAGAAACAGCCUCAGCUAAAAACCAAGCCUUAACAGACGCAAAGGCUUAUGUUCCCAGAAGUUUUGAUGAACUGGGCACACUCAUCAAAGAAGUUUAUGACAAGCUGGUUGAGAAUGGAACCAUUGUACCUGAACCUGAGAGACCUCCACCUACAGUACCAAUGGACUUCACAUGGGCAAGGGAGCUUGGGUUGAUCAGGAAACCUGCAUCAUUUAUGACCAGUAUCUGUGAUGAGCGGGGACAGGAACUGUUGUAUGCUGGGAUACCAAUCACAGACAUAUUUAAAGAAGAUAUGGGUAUCGGAGGUGUGCUUAGUUUACUGUGGUUUCAGAGAAGGUUACCAAAAUAUGCUACAAAAUUUAUUGAGAUGUGUUUGAUGGUAACAGCUGACCACGGACCUGCUGUGUCAGGGGCACAUAAUACAAUUGUGUGUGCUCGAGCUGGCAAAGACCUGGUCUCCUGUCUGGCCUCUGGUCUUCUCACCAUUGGAGAUAGAUUUGGAGGUGCCCUGGAUGCAGCAGCCAAACAGUUCUCUGAUGCCUAUACCAGUGAUAUGAUACCAAUGGAGUUUGUCAACAAAAUGAGAAAGGAGGGGAAACUUAUCAUGGGGAUAGGUCACAGGGUCAAAUCAAUCAAUAAUCCAGACAUGAGAGUAGUGAUACUUAAGGAGUAUGCCCAGAAGAACUUCCCUGCUACACCUCUGCUGAAUUACGCUAUAGAAGUAGAGAAAAUUACAACUUCUAAGAAACCAAACUUAAUUCUGAAUGUAGAUGGUUUUAUUGGAGUGGCAUUUGUUGAUCUACUGAACAAUUGUGGAUGCUUUACUGGUGAGGAGGCCAGGGAAUUGAUAGAUGUAGGGGCCCUCAAUGGGUUAUUUGUACUUGGUCGUAGCAUGGGAUUCAUUGGCCAUUUCCUUGACCAGAAACGUCUGAAGCAGGGGUUAUACAGGCAUCCUUGGGAUGACAUCUCGUAUGUAAUGCCAGAAACCAUGGGACUAAUGGGAGAAGAUACAGAUAAGAUCUAGAGUCAUCCAGGCCUAAUAUUACCAGGGGAUGAUGUCCAGGGCGAGCCUUGAACGAUCCAAGAUGAUGUGAUCUCACAAGAGGGAGUGAAUAUUCAUUUUAGGGAAUAUAGAUAAAACUAUUGGGGAAAUAAUUCCAAAUCAAGUUAAAUAUUGUAGUUAUAAUCUGUUAAUUUGUUGUGAAAAUAAUCAACAUAUGUGAAAGAUGUGCUAGAAAGUUGUAGGUAGGCUAGGCUGGGAGCAGUAUUUUGUCAUACUGUACAUAACCAUUUACAUGUUUAGUGGAGGAAAUUUGACUUCCUGAAAAAGACAUGCAUUGACUAGAUCAUUUAAGUGGGCACUGCAUAAUUUAUUUCUGUGCAAUAGUGGAUAUCAUUUUGAGUGCUUGGUGUUAGUAGAGGUGUACUUAUUGUUUUAGAAACAAAAUUUCUACUUAUUAUGCAGCAACUAGAUGUCUAAUUUGUAUGAGAACAUAUUUUGUUUUAAAGUUAUUGUGCACAUCUGUUUAUUAUUUCUGUUUUCUUGGUAUUUCACUGCGGCCAUAUAAACAUAUGUCUCAUUUCACAUUUAAUUGCAUUCUGUAUAAAUGCAUGUACAGUCAAACUUGUUGGGACUGAGAAAAAACUUUGAAAUAUCCGAGAGUUCGAGAUAUUGAGUGUAAAAUACUUAAGAAAAAUGUGGUAAGGACUUCCCAAUCACUUCGACAUAUCCAUGGUAUCAAGAUAUCCCUGUUCGAGAUACUGAAGUUCAACUGUAUAUGGAAGUACUUAUUCAUGUAGUUCAUGUCAGAAUGUCUUAUUUAAGUUAACAGUAAGAAUGUUUUUUGUUAUUCAGUUGCCUGUUUUUGUCUAAUAUGAUGCAUUUUCUUAAAAAGUAUUAUUACCUAUUACAAUUAUGUAUUUUAUUAAGUGUAAAAUUUAAUAUUUUAAAAAAAGAAAUUAACCUGAGGGUUUUUUUCCUCAAUUUAUUUACGUGUAACUAAUGUCAGCUGUUAUUGGUUGCUUUGUUGUUUUGGUAAUUUUAAAAGAGGGUGGAUGGAGUUGAAAAUUUUGAAAGUUUAUAUUUACUAUCUAUAUUAGUACAGCAUGCUUGUAAAAAGUCAUUUAUGAACUUAUUUAUUGUUUAUAGGUGUUUUAAAUAGUAAAUUAUUUUCUUACUGAAUCUCCUCUCAUUUGAAAGGUAUAUAUACGUUAUUUUUCAUAGAAAAGUUUGAUUCUAGAAAUUGAUGUCCAUUUGGUGAAUGAGAAUUUUCUUACAUGUAGCUGAAAAACAAAAUCCUUCAGAUCAGAAAUGUCGGUAGAAUAUUUUCAGUUAAAUUGUGUCAUAAUAUCGUGUUGAAAAGAAAUCUGCGUACUACAUGUCACGGUGCGAUAUAAAUGUACAAAGGUCAUGGUGCAAUAUAAAUGUACAUGUGACUUUAACUGUAAAAUUAUGAAUCGCUUUUCAUUUUCAUUUCAGAGAUUUCGUCUUUCUAGAACCUCCAAGUGAAACACAUCCAUUUUGUGCAUAAUCUUACUGGAGACUUGUGAUUUAUUAAUGAUUUGCAUAUCAAAUAUGUCUGCUGAUAAAUAUGAAUAAAGUAAAGCAAUUAAACAAAACGAAAUUA